AUGACUGAGGACAAUCAUUCCUUGACAACUGAGUUCAUCCUCACAGGAUUUAUGGAUCACCCAGAUCUGAAGACCCUUCUGUUUGUGGUGUUCUUUGCUUUCUAUCUGAUCAUGAUGGUGGGGAAUCUUGGUUUGGUGGCAUUGAUUUUCAUGGAGCGCCGUCUUCACACACCCAUGUACAUCUUUCUGGGCAACCUGGCUCUGAUGGAUUCCUGCUGUUCCUGUGCCAUUACCCCCAAGAUGUUAGAGAACUUCUUUUCUGAGGACAAAAUGAUUUCCCUCUAUGGAUGCAUGGCACAAUUUUAUUUUCUCUGCCCUGCUGAAACUGCAGACUGCUUUCUUCUGGCGGCAAAGGACUAUGAUUGCUAUGUGGCAAUAUGCAGCCCACUGCAGUACCAAACCAUGAUGUCAAAGCAACUCUGCAUUCAAAUGAUCAUAGGGGCCUACAUAGCUGGAAAUCUGCAUUCCAUGAUUCAUGUAGUACUUCUAUUAAGGUUAACCUUCUGUGGAUCUCAUCAAAUCAAUCACUUUUAUUGUGAUAUUCUUCAAUUAUACAGACUUUCCUGUGUUGACCCUUAUAUCAAUGAACUGAUGGUAUUUAUCUUUUCAGGGUCUGUUCAGAUUUUCACUAUUAGUAUAGCCCUAAUCUCUUAUGUCAUCCUUUUCACAAUUUUCAAAAUGAAAUCCAAAGAGGGAAGAGGCAAAGCCUUGUCUACUUGUGCAUCUCACUUUCUCUCUAUCUCAAUGUUCUAUGGCUCUCUUCUCACCAUGUAUAUCCGGCCACAUUCACUUAAAGAUAGGAAUAAAGAUAUACCAGUUGCUAUUUUUUAUACUCUAGUAAUUCCUUUAUUAAACCCUUUCAUCUAUACUCUAAGAAAUAAGGAAGUAAUAAAUGUUAUGAAAAGAAUUAUGAAGAAGAGAAAAUCUCAUAACAUUCUGAAACAAAUAUCAUCCUAUGUGACAAACUGA